GGGUGGACUGGUAUCUGGGAAUAUACGAAGAUCCAUUCAAGCCAGAGUGGACAUAAAACCGCGGUGCCUGGCCUAGAGCAGACAGUGCUGAGUUUCUGCUGAGGCCUGGUGCCGGAUUCCCCAUCGGUUGUGAAAGGUUGACUGUAUGACGGCUCGGUAGCUACUGGGACAAAACACGAGCCGUCUCUGAUCCUCCUUCGGCCCUUCAACUCAUCCCCAAAGGCCCUGCAUGUCUAAUAUUUAGACAUGUUCAGCUUUUUGGAUUCAAGGACUGUUCUGCUAAUCGCAGCAACUCAAGUCAUUCUAUUAGCGGUUGUCAAAUGCCAGGACGAAGAGGAUGUCCAGGAAGCAGGCAGCUGCGUGCAGGACGGCCAGCGCUAUAGCGACAAGGAUGUGUGGAAGCCGGAGCCGUGUCGGAUUUGCGUGUGCGACACUGGGACUAUCCUGUGCGAUGAGAUUAUCUGCGAGGAGCUAAAAGACUGCCCUAACCCCGAGAUCCCAUUCGGAGAGUGUUGCCCCAUCUGCCCCGCUGGCCAGUCUUCGCCUGGUGGUCGUCAACCUGGCGCUAAGGGACAGAAAGGUGAACCAGGAGAUAUCACAGAUGUUGUAGGACCACGAGGACCGAUGGGCCCCAUGGGCCCACCCGGAGAGCAGGGGUCGCGUGGAGAGCGAGGGGAUAAGGGCGAGAAAGGCAGCCCUGGUCCCCGUGGCAGAGAUGGGGAGCCUGGCACUCCUGGCAACCCCGGUCCUCCCGGACCCCCAGGACCCAACGGCCCGCCCGGCCUUGGCGGAAACUUUGCUGCUCAGAUGGCAGGAGGAUUUGACGAGAAAGCAGGUGGUGCACAGAUGGGCGUGAUGCAAGGACCAAUGGGCCCCAUGGGUCCCCGAGGACCACCUGGCCCCACUGGAUCUCCUGGCCCACAAGGUUUCCAGGGGAACCCCGGAGAGCCCGGCGAACCCGGCCCCUCUGGCCCAAUGGGACCCCGCGGCCCCCCCGGACCUUCUGGCAAACCUGGAGAUGACGGUGAGGCUGGAAAGCCUGGCAAAGCUGGUGAGCGCGGACCUCCUGGGCCCCAGGGUGCUCGUGGAUUCCCAGGAACUCCUGGUCUGCCUGGAAUCAAAGGUCAUAGGGGUUACCCAGGUCUUGACGGGGGAAAGGGUGAGGCUGGAGCUGCAGGAGCAAAGGGAGAAGCUGGUGCCCCUGGUGAGAAUGGCGCUCCCGGACCCAUGGGACCCCGCGGCCUGCCUGGCGAGAGAGGACGUCCCGGAUCUGCUGGAGUUGCUGGCGCUCGUGGUAAUGAUGGCUUGCCUGGUCCUGCUGGUCCUCCUGGACCCGUGGGCCCAGCUGGUGCUCCAGGCUUUCCAGGCUCUCCAGGUGCUAAGGGCGAAGCAGGUCCCACAGGUGCUAGAGGCCCCGAGGGAGCUCAGGGACCCCGAGGAGAGUCAGGAACCCCAGGAUCUCCCGGUCCCUCUGGCGCUUCUGGUAACCCAGGUACUGAUGGUAUCCCUGGAGCCAAAGGGUCAGCUGGCGCUCCUGGCAUUGCGGGUGCUCCUGGCUUUCCUGGACCUCGCGGACCCCCAGGACCCCAGGGAGCCACAGGACCUCUUGGACCUAAAGGUCAACAGGGUGACCCCGGUAUCCCAGGAUUCAAAGGCGAACAAGGUCCCAAAGGCGAGCAUGGUCCUGCCGGCCCUCAAGGUGCCCCCGGUCCUGCUGGAGAGGAAGGCAAGAGAGGAGCCCGCGGAGAGCCCGGUGCUGGAGGACCCCCUGGGCCCCCUGGAGAGAGGGGCUCCCCCGGUAACCGUGGUUUCCCAGGUCAGGAUGGUCUUGCAGGCCCCAAGGGAGCCCCUGGCGAGCGUGGGCCCUCUGGAAUUUCUGGUCCCAAAGGCGCCAACGGAGACCCCGGUCGCCCUGGAGAGCCUGGCCUGCCUGGUGCCAGAGGUCUUACUGGUCGCCCUGGUGAUGCUGGUCCUCAAGGAAAAGUUGGCCCCUCUGGAGCCCCUGGUGAGGACGGUAGGCCGGGACCCCCUGGGCCUCAGGGAGCCCGCGGCCAGCCCGGCGUGAUGGGAUUCCCUGGACCGAAAGGAGCUACCGGUGAGUCUGGAAAACCUGGAGAGAAGGGAUUGGUUGGCGCUCCAGGUCUCAGAGGUCUGCCUGGGAAAGAUGGGGAGACUGGUGCACAGGGACCCCCAGGGCCUGCUGGUCUUGCUGGAGAGAGAGGAGAGCAAGGUCAGCCCGGUCCUUCUGGUUUCCAGGGUCUUCCUGGGCCUCCUGGUCCUCCAGGUGAGGGUGGAAAGCCCGGUGACCAGGGUGUUCCCGGAGAGGCAGGAGCUGCAGGAGCUGCUGGACCCAGAGGCGAGCGCGGUUUCCCAGGAGAGAGGGGUGGACCUGGAGCCCAGGGUCUGCAGGGCCCACGAGGUCUGCCCGGAACCCCAGGAACUGAUGGACCCAAGGGUGCCACCGGCCCAGCUGGUGCUCUUGGCGCCCAGGGACCCCCCGGCCUGCAGGGAAUGCCUGGAGAGAGAGGUACUGCUGGCAUUCCUGGACCCAAGGGAGACAGAGGCGAUGUUGGUGAGAAAGGGCCUGAGGGAGCUCCAGGCAAGGAUGGCUCUAGAGGUUUGACUGGUCCCAUUGGUCCUCCUGGUCCUGCUGGUCCUAAUGGCGAGAAGGGUGAAUCUGGUCCUUCUGGUCCAUCUGGUGCUGCUGGUGCCCGUGGAGCUCCUGGUGACCGUGGUGAAACUGGUCCUCCUGGACCUGCUGGAUUUGCUGGUCCUCCUGGCGCAGAUGGCCAGCCUGGUGCCAAGGGAGAGCAGGGCGAGUCUGGGCAGAAGGGUGACGCUGGCGCCCCUGGACCUCAGGGACCCUCAGGUGCUCCGGGACCACAGGGUCCAACUGGUGUUUCUGGACCAAAAGGAGCUCGCGGUGCCCAGGGCCCUCCUGGUGCCACUGGUUUCCCCGGUGCCGCAGGCAGAGUUGGACCUCCUGGCCCCAACGGUAACCCAGGCCCCGCUGGUCCCCCCGGCGCCUCUGGGAAAGACGGCCCCAAGGGCGUGCGUGGCGACGCCGGUCCUCCUGGUCGCCAGGGAGACGCUGGUCUGCAGGGUCCUGCCGGUCCUCCCGGAGAGAAGGGCGAGGCUGGAGAGGAUGGUCCCCCUGGUCCUGAUGGUCCUUCUGGUCCUCAAGGUCUGGCCGGGCAGCGUGGUAUUGUUGGUCUGCCUGGCCAGCGUGGUGAGAGAGGCUUCCCUGGGCUUCCUGGACCCUCUGGCGAGCCUGGCAAGCAAGGCGCUCCAGGAGGUUCUGGUGACCGUGGCCCCCCUGGCCCUGUGGGACCCCCUGGCCUGACUGGACCCUCUGGAGAACCUGGCAGAGAGGGCAAUCCCGGAUCUGAUGGGCCUCCUGGCAGAGAUGGUGCCACUGGUGUUAAGGGUGAUCGUGGUAGCACAGGCCCAGCUGGAGCUCCUGGCGCUCCUGGUGCCCCUGGUGCUCCUGGACCGGUUGGGCCAACUGGCAAGCAGGGAGACAGAGGAGAGGCUGGCGCCCAAGGACCCUCCGGGCCCCCCGGACCUGCUGGUGCCAGAGGAAUGCCUGGACCCCAAGGGCCACGCGGGGACAAGGGCGAGGCAGGCGAAGCUGGUGAGAGAGGUCAGAAGGGUCAUCGCGGCUUCACCGGACUGCAGGGUCUGCCCGGACCUCCCGGUCCCGCUGGAGAUCAGGGAGCCACUGGUCCUGCUGGUCCAUCCGGAAGUCGAGGACCCCCUGGCCCCGUUGGUCCCCAUGGAAAGGAUGGUUCCAACGGCCUGCCUGGACCCAUUGGACCUCCAGGACCUCGUGGACGAUCUGGCGAGACUGGUCCUGCUGGUCCUCCUGGUAACCCUGGUCCUCCCGGUCCUCCCGGCCCCCCUGGUCCAGGGAUUGACAUGUCGGCCUUCGCCGGCCUGGGCGCGCCCGAGAAGGCCCCGGAUCCCCUGCGCUACAUGAGGGCCGACCAGGCCUCCUCCUCCCUGAGGCAGCACGAUGCCGAGGUCGACGCCACCCUCAAGUCCCUCAACAACCAGAUCGAGAGCAUCCGCAGCCCCGAGGGCUCCAAGAAGAACCCCGCCCGCACCUGCAGGGACCUCAAACUGUGCCACCCUGACUGGAAGAGCGGAGACUACUGGAUCGAUCCCAACCAGGGCUGCACCAUCGACGCCAUCAAGGUCUUCUGCAACAUGGAGACUGGAGAGACCUGCGUCUACCCCAACCCGUCCAGCAUCCCGCGCAAGCACUGGUGGUCCAGCAAGAGCAAAGACCGCAAGCACGUCUGGUUCGGAGCCACCAUGAACGGAGGAUUCCACUUCAGCUAUGGUGACGACAGCCUGGCGCCCAACACGGCCAGCAUCCAGAUGACCUUCCUGAGGCUGCUGUCCACCGAGGCCUCCCAGAACAUCACCUACCACUGCAAGAACAGCAUCGCCUACAUGGACCACAGCAGCGGCAACCUGAAGAAGGCCAUCCUGCUGCAGGGCUCCAACGACGUGGAGAUCAGAGCCGAGGGCAACAGCCGCUUCACGUACAGUGUGCUGGAGGACGGCUGCACGAAGCACACCGGACGAUGGGGCCAAGCCGUAAUCGAGUACAAAUCACAGAAGACGUCUCGGCUGCCCAUUGUGGACGUUGCGCCCUUUGAUAUAGGAGGAGCAGACCAAGAAUUUGGAGUUGACAUCGGUCCAGUCUGCUUCUUGUAAAAAGAAAAAAGAUAAAGUAACUCAAUUAAGAAACAAAACACACACUCGAGAAGAAGAAAAAAAGAAGAAAUCAAAAACCAGUCUUUUUUUUUAUUAUUUUUGAAACGGACUUUUAAAACUACUUUCCAGUCGCUCCUAGGAUCUCUGCACUGAAUGGCACCGACCGACUCCACUGUCCCCCCGUCCAGCCCGCCAUCCACACUCAUGCGUCUCGGACCCCCCCGCCCCCCACCCCAAGACCAGGGCCAGCGGGCAGACCGCCUGAUGAAGAAGGAAUGAGAACGAGGAUGAAGAAGGAACAAAGCGCAAAAAAAAAACAAAAAAAAUGUGGUGUUAUUUAUUUAUUGUCUUCUUGUAAGAUCUUUGGGGUCCAAGGUGUGUUUAUGAAAUGGCGUUGCCCCCUCCCCCCACUUAAACGACGAGUCCCUGUGUCAGUCGUCCCCUGCCCCCCCCCCAAAAAAGUGUUACGAAGGAUGUAAGUGCAGGUGUUCCUACUACAAAUACCAUCACAGUGUGUAUCUGAAGAAUUACUGUGUAUUAUAAUAAAAUAAUGGUGCUAUUGAUGUAAAACAGUCUGUAUUUUUUAACAACGGUUUAUAUAUAUAUAAAAAACUUUUUGGAAAGUACUUUUUGAUCUGGGCUUUAUAUUUUUUUUUUUGUUUCUCAGUGCCUUAAGCCUCUCAACCGCCCUUACUUCUCCAAUUCUUUUCAGUUACGCUUGUAAUGGAGAUAAUAUCCUAAAUUGGAACGACCCCGGUAGAACUUUGUUUGAAUUAUGAAGAUGCUGAUUUUUUUUUUAUUUUAAGCUACCUCACGCUAAAAAAAACAAAAAAAAAAAAA